AUGCGCAAGACUGUCCGUGUCCCCUUCUACUUUCCCGCCGACGCCAAAAGCAACGUGGCUGACGUCGUCCUUGCUGGCUCGUUUGAUGGAUGGAGUGGCCGGAUUCCGCUGACCCUGGAAGGGAGACACUAUGAGACAUCGCUGACGCUCCGGCCGGGCAUCUACUCGUACAAGUUUGUGGUCAAUGGCAAGUGGACGCUCGCGCCGCAUCAGGCGACGGUGGUGGACGAGAACGGGCACGUGAACCACUGCAUCAGCGUGACACUGCCGAGCAGCUCGUCGACGUCGUUGGAGAGCAUGGUGCCGGCGCAUUUGCAGGUGGCAACGGCGCCGGCAGGGUCGGCGACAACGUCGACGUACAACACGCCCGCGGCGUCCCCGAACCCCUCGGCGUACGACAUGAGCGAAGAAAACGAUGAGGAGCUGUCGGACUUUGGCUCGGACGUGGACGAGCUGGCCACCAGCCUGGCGUCGGUCACCCACCCACUGGUCAUCCACGGUGGGCCGGCGUAUGGGUCGGCGAUUCUGCAGAACCAGUUGCUGCUCGAUGGGGUCUUCCGCGUCGACAACUCGAACGAGGCCAAGGCCGGCGAGCGCAAGCUGGUCUUGGCCAUGGUCGGCCUGCCGGCGCGUGGCAAGUCAUUUAUUGCGCAAAAGCUGCAAAGGUACCUAAAGUGGAUCGGGUUUGAGACCAAGAUCUUCAACAACGGCAUGUAUCGCCGCGACAACAUCGGCUCGUACCUCUCGCACGACUUUUUCCGGGCCGACAACCGCGACGGCGUCGAAGCGCGGUCGCGAAUGGCGCGGAUGGCGCUGGCGGACAUGUGCGCGUGGUUUGCCGAGGACCCCAAGCACCACAUUGGCAUUCUCGACGCCACCAACUCGACCCGAGCGCGGCGCAAGUUUGUGGUCAACUACCUCAAGACGCCGUCAACGUUCUCGGUCAAGGUUGUGUUUAUCGAAGUCAUCUGCAACCGGCCUGAGGUCAUCAAGCGCAACGUGCUGCACAAGCACAAGUUCUCGCCCGACUACGCCGGGAUGACCGAGGACGAGGCCGUGUCAGACUUUACCGAGCGCAUUGCCCACUACGAGGCGGCGUACGAGCCAGUUCAGGAGCGGUCCGUCUCGUUCAUUCGGCUCUUUGACGUCGGACGCGAGACGCAGACCAACCGGAUCAAGGGCUACCUCCCGACCAAGAUCGUGUUCUUCCUCAUGAACAUGCACAUUGUCCAGCGGCCGAUCUACCUCUCGCGCCACGGCGAGUCCGAGUUUAACCGGCAAGACCGGAUCGGCGGCGACUCGCCGCUCACUCUUUCGGGCCUCAAGUAUGCCGAGGCGCUCGGCGAGUGGAUGGAGAAGGAGACCGACCACGACACCUCGGGCUACCUCCGCGACCUCGACUCGGACCUCAUCAUUUUUACCUCGACCAUGGUGCGGACCAUCCAGUCGGCGGAGAAGAUCAAGUGCGCCCAGCUGCUGCGAUGGAAGGCGCUCGAGGAGAUCUCGGUCGGCAUCUGCGACGGCAUGACGCCUGCCGAGUUUGAGGCGACGUACCCCGACGAGUACGCCGCCCGCAUCGCCGACAAGCUCCGCUACCGCUACCCGCGUGGCGAGGGCUACGAAGAUCUCAUUGCCCGCCUCGAGCCGGUCAUCUUUGAGCUCGAGCGCCAGGUCCUUCCGGUCCUGGUCAUCGGCCACCAGGCCGUCCUCCGCUGCCUUUACGGCUACCUCAUGGGCUUGGACAUCGAGGAGGUCCCCCACACCCCCAUCCCGCUCCACACCGUCAUCCGUCUUGUCCCGCGCGCCUACGGCACAGAGGAGACCCGCACGCUCCUGCACCCGCUCGACAACGCGGACGACCACGAGUCCGGCUCGCUCCGCGCCGAGCCGUCGCCGCUGGCCUCGGCAGCGUCAAGCGACACCUCGCCGCUGGGAUCGUAG